UCCGGUUGUGACGGCCCCAGCGCUGACCACGGACUAACUAUCUACGUACCAAUUGAUUACAAUAUCAGCUUAUUCUGCUAAUUAUCCAGGGUUAACGCAGCUUCUCUCUAGCAGACGCUAACUCUGACAGCUUUCUUGAGAAGACUGAUACGAAUUCAGAAGCACGCUCCGUCAUGAGAGAGGAAACCCGGGAGCAGGCCUACGGCUCCGGCCAUGAAGCCUUCCAGCGCCUUCGGAAUGUCUUCGCUUUCACACGCCCUUCCACAUACACGACGAACGCCCUCUACAAUCAGACAACGGCGGGGCGGCGACAGCAGUCUACGCAAGGCGAUUCCCUUGAUUCGGAUCCAUGCCUCUCCCAGGAAGUGUUGGAGCAGGACAUACCAAGACACGAGGAAGCGGCUGAGGAGAAAACGGUCUUAUACCUUGCAUACGGCUCGAAUCUGUCUUCCGCCAAGUUUCGCGGAUCCCGUGGCAUCAAGCCGCUAUCUGAGAUCAAUGUCUACGUCCCAGAGUUGAAACUGACAUUCGAUCUUCCCGGGCUCCCAUACGGAGAGCCAUGCUUCGCAGGUUCACAGUUCCGAGAUCAUCCAGGAUCCCAUGAAGGAAGCAGCAAGGAAGACACGGAUGGAAGCCCUCUUCUCGCCAAGCGAGAAUACAACAAAGAUCGAUGGCACAAGCCUCUAAUCGGCGUAGUGUACGAAGUCACACUGACAGACUACGCUCGCAUCAUAGCCACCGAAGGCGGAGGACGAGGAUACCGGGACAUGGUCGUGACAUGCUAUCCCUUCCCCGAGAAAUAUAACUCGACAGAUCCAGUCCCCGACCUGCCAAAGACACAGCCCUUCAAAGCGCACACUUUACUCUCUCCAGAUCGAGAAGAUAGUGAAUCGAACCCACUCGUUCGCCCGGACCCUUCUUACGCCCAACCCUCCGCGCGUUACCUUGAUCUGAUAAGAACAGGCGCCGCCGAGCAUGACCUUCCGAUUUCGUACCAAACCUACCUUUCGCAAAUCCGCCCAUAUCGCAUAACCACCGUCCGCCAGCGCGUCGGAUCGGGUCUUUUCCUCACACUAUGGGGGCCGUUGAUCUUUCUACUGAUAACUCUGGGAGCAUACUUGGCCGACUCUGAUGGACGAAGCCCAGAAUGGCUUGUAAAGGUGGAAGAUAAGGUCUUCGUUGCGAUGUGGAAGACCUAUGACCAUGGCUUUAAGCAGGUUUUUGGAGACGGAGAGCGGACGAUUGAGGAUGUGAUUCCACGCUAGAAGGUACUAUAUGUCUACUAUUUGAAGUUCUUGGAUAUAUAAAUAUAGAUAUGAAAUAUGAAGUAUCAAUGCAAUGAUAGUGAUGGUUUGUUCAAAUAACAUUACCGUGUCGCUGCUCGGGUUAGUGUGCAUCGAAGGCCGUGUAUCUUCACCUUUAUACCUCGACUUAAGGGACGCUCUUGAGAAGUACCACAUGUUUCUACAUUGCAUUUUUCACAAGACGCAUCCGACAGGAGUGCACCUAACUUCCACCCAUAAAGGCAGCCAUAUACCAGGAAUACGCGAUCGAGAAUUGAAAAACAGAAACGGAAUUCUUUCUGACAAAGGAA